AUGAAUCGGGCAUCAUAUGUUAAGGGAUUAGUUCCAGUUACAGAAAAUCUUAACAGUAUACAACAUUCUGAUGAUUAUUUAUAUUGGCAAAGAAUGGAACAAGUAGCUGUUUUUCAAGAAAGUGGUAAUAUUUCAUCAACAUCUUUUUUACCUGUAUCACCAUAUCAUGUUGCAACAACAAGUGCUUUUAGACUAUCGGUUUAUGAUACAAAUGUUUGUGAUUCUGUUUCUGUUAACUCGCGUUUUAACACUCAAGUUUUUGGAGCUACAUACAGAAAAGAUGGUACAUUAUUGGGUUGCGGAUCAUUUGAUGGAAUUGUUAGAUUGUAUGAUGUACACAAAGCCAAUACUUCUUUAAAAACUGCUCUAAGAACAAUAAAAACAGAAUCUUCACCUGUUCAUGUGGUAUCAUUUUCUAGAUCAGGUCAUAAAGUAGCUGCUUUGAAUGAUAAUGGUGUAAUUAAUAUAUAUGAUGUAGCAGAUACUUCAGGAAAAUCAUUAUUUAACAAGUCUGCACAUACUGAUCAUAUACGUUGUGGUGGAUUUUCUGAUAUUAAUGAAAAUAUUCUUGCUACAGGUUCAUAUGAUCAUACAGUUAAAUUAUGGGAUACAAGAAAAAAAGAUGGUAAACAAAUAUUUUCUGUUGACCAUGGAUGUCCUGUAGAAAAAGUAAUACUUUUUCCUAAUAAUAAUAUUAUGGCUACUGCUGGAGGACAGGUUAUUAAACUUUGGGAUAUGACUAUGUCACAUAAAGAACUUUUCACUUUUGAGAAUCAUCAUAAAACUGUUACAUCAUUAUGUCUAGCAACAAAAAAUAAAAAACUUCUGUCUGCUGGUCUUGAUAAAAGAAUAAAUGUUUUUAAUAUUGGAUCAGGAGAUUUUAAAUUAGUUUAUCAAAUGUCAACAUUAGCACCAGUCUUAACACUUGCUAUCUCUCCAACAGAUGAUUGUUUAGUAUAUGGAAUGCAGAAUAUACUAGCAAUAAAUAGAAGAAAACCAGCAACAAAAAAGGAUAAACAAGUAAGCGCAGUAAAGACAGCCCAAAAAGAUUCAAAACCAAAGAGUAUGAGGAAAAUUACAACAACAACUAAUGAUGGACAGGUUGUCAAUGUUCAUGUUUCAGCACCAAUUCUUGAUAAAAUUAAUCUUGGACCAAUUGAAAAAUUGAUAAGUGCCAAAAAAUUUAAUAAAGUAAUAGAGGUAAUGUUUUAUAGAUCCUCUGAAUGGAAAAAUAAUCCAUCAAUGGUUGUGGCAGCUUUUAGGCAAAUUUAUUUUCAAAAAGCUCUUCGUAGAUGUCUUACUGGUAGGGAUGAAAAAAUAAUGGGAAAUAUUUUUAAAUUUAUCAGAUUACAUUUAUUUAACAAUGCUUAUUUUUCAACUCUACUUAAAGUAACAGAAUGUUUAAUUGAAAUUUAUAGUGAUGAGACAGAAUUUAAUCAGGAGACAAAGAAAAAUUUUAAUGAUUUAAAAAAAGUUGUUGAACAUGAAAUUAAACGAGAUGGUGAAAUGCUAAGAAUUAGAGGAAUGUUAGAAGUUAUCUUUAAUGCUAAUAAAAAACAUAUAAUGAUUGAUGAAGAAAAUAGUGAAGAUAUUUUCGGUGAACUUAUCAUAACACCAAAAUCUUUGAAUACUCUAAGUUAG